GCUGUGGACGUCGCCAGGAACCUGUGGUGGCGUAGGUUGCGCCUUAACCGCUUGACACCUCUUGCGCAGCAUGUCGCGCCAGGUCAAGGAUGGUAAAGACUCGGCUCACUCUCGCCCCGUUCCCGAGGGAGCCACGGCGUCGCCAUCGGCAGCGCCUCCCUCAGGUUCUAGCGGGGCUAACUCGCCCAUGUCCGGCAACAAGAUCGUUAAAACGUGGAGAGUCAUGGGCGACCGAACCCGCUCUAAGACCAAAGACAUCUUGAAGAGGUGGCAGACGAUGAACAAUGGACAGACUUCGGAAGACUCAUUAGCGGGCCUCGAUGACUUCAGCGACAUCAGCGGCAGCACGGAGAGUGACCGAGGGCACAGGGGCAGCAAGAAGGGCACUUGGAGCGUCCAUGUAUGGAAGAAUGCGUCACUACGCGGGCUGGUCCGAGGACAACGAGUUCUACUUGACAAUGAAGGAGAUCCAUGCUGACUUCUUCGAGUGCCUACUUGAACACGUGGGCAAGAUCGAGCCGGAGUACGGCUUUGAGUUCGACGUGGACCGGAUCCCAGACCGGGUCCAGAUGUACCAAUGGCUUAACAUGUGGGGUAACCUCACCCACGGGGCCAGAGCUAUGGUCGACUUCCCCAUAUGGCUUCAGAUUCUGCCCAAGAUUCUCUUUAAAGUCAUCAACAGGAGAGAUGAUGGCAUCGUCUCCUACGACGAGUUAAGGAGUUUUUACGCCCUCUUCAUCAAACUUCCCGACGACCAAGUUGACAACAUCACUGAGGAGGCUUACAGAGCUCUUACCUCGUUGAAAAUGAAGCUAUUUCUGGAUGUCUUCAAAGGUUAUCUCCUGAAAUAUCUGAAUGCUAUUCCCAAAUACUUUUAG